AUGAGAGACGAGAUUGUUGAUGAUGUUCUCAAAACUCUGCGAGAGAAAGGAUUGUUUGAUAGGAGUAUAAAGCACUUAGAUUUGUUGCAGGAGAUCAACAAGUCAUCUUGGUGUAUUGGUGCUACCGGCUCUAGACAGCCCACUGAUUUGCGGGAUAAUAAAGCAUGGUCCACCUUUAUGCCUGGUAUUCCAGAGAUUCUCACCAAAAAUAACUCUACUGCCGCGGAUCAGGGUGGGUGUGAAGAUGUCUCUGCUACUGGAAAGACAUCAGGUAAUGAGGAAGAUGGGAAUGAGAGUGAAUCCCAUGACGGGGCUCAGGUUGAUAGUGGUAGUGAAUCUGAAGAAGAUAUUGGUGUCACGAAUGAUGUAGUUGAUGUUGCUACUGAAUCCGAAGAUUGUGUGGAUAAGGAGGAGGAGGACGAGUCUGGGGUGAAGGAGGAGGAGGAUGGGGUUAAUGAUAGAGAGGCCGAUGAUGGAGUGGAUGAUGUUAGGGACGACGAUGAAGGGGACAAAGAAGGAGACGAGCAGGAUGCGCAGGAAGAAGGAGACGAGCAGGAUGCGUAG